AUUAUUAUCAAGGAUUUAAUAGUUCAAUUGGUACUUUUGGUGGAGUUAUGCAAAAUAUUGGAGGCAAGUUUAACGAAAGAGUAAAGGAAAUGAAGUCACAACUUAAAACAUGUAAAGAGACUUUAAUGUCAAAACGUUCAGAUCUCCUUCAAUUAUGGUUCCGAAGUCAGCAAUAUAAAGAGAUGAUUCGUAUAUUAGAUCAAAUAGAAGAGUUUAAGGAAACGCCAGAAAAGCUGGAAGUUUUGUUAAUGGAAAAACAUUUUUUAACAGCCGCUAAAAUGCUAUUGGAUGCAAUAAAAACUUUGGAGAAGAAAGAAAUGAUUGGAAUUGGAGCUUUAUCAGAUUUAAGGAGAUAUCUUAAAGCGCAACAAAGUUCACUCCAUGAACUGUUAAUUGAGGAGUUACACAAUCAUUUAUAUCUAAAAAAUUCAUAUUGUGAUAGUAGAUGGGUAAAAUACACUAAAGAUCAGAAAACGCUGCCUUCACCGCUAAUGGAAUGGCAAUCUGGAAAAGAAACCCGCAAGAUAAGCUAUAUGACCUUAAAGAAUAAGAAGAAUUUACAAGUCAAUACUGGUUUUACUAUGAGCACGCCGCUUAGCCCCAAAUCGCCUAAACCCUUAAAUAAUAACAUAACAUUUAACGAUGAGGAUGAGAUGAUCGUAGAAAAUCUUGAGAUAAAUCCCGAAACUGACUCAUUCUAUUAUUUGGAAAUUUUAAUUGAAUCUCUCUCUACUUUGAAAAAAUUACCACAAGCUCUUGAGACUAUAACACAGAGGAUUCCAAUAGAAUUAUAUCAGUUAGUUGAUAAAACAAUUGCUGAAGUAGAAGAAAGGAACUCUGAGAUUUUUAGUCAAAAGUCAAAGAUAAAUGAUGUAGCAGAUAUAUUUGCACUAGAUUAUCCUGAGAAUGAUGCUCAAAUGGAAAUAUUAAGAGAUUUACUUUGGACUCUAUAUUCUAAAUUAGAUGCAGUAUUACAGGGUCAUAGGUUCAUACUCGACAUUGUGGAGAAGAUAAGCAAGAGACAAGAGUAUCAAAAAAGUGAUUCACAAAAUAUCAAGGUGUAUUCUUUUAUUGAGAUUUGGAAGCCUGUACAAAGUGAGGUUCGCACGCUUUUACGUGAUUAUAUAACAGAAGAUGAGAGAGAAUCUAUUUCUGAAAAUACUUCUGAGGCGUCCAUUCAGGAAAUGAUAAAGGACAGGCGAGCUCGUGACGCUUCCAAGCAAUUAUUUAGAUUUGGGGAUUCAGAUACAACGUUAAAUGAAGAAUUAAAUAAACAAUAUAAAAGAGAUAUUUCAACAGUACUUCAAAAUUCAAUGCCAGAAGUAUUUGCAAAAGUACCAGAUGAAAGACAAUUAUCUGCAUUUAUAGUUGAUAGAUUUGCAAAUGCAAAUAUCACGGCAGGACAUAAACUUGUUAUUAAACCCGAUGCAUUUAAUGUUUCAAUUAUUUUUAAGCCUACACUCGCGUUUUUAGAUAAAGUUAAAAAAAUUAUACCAUCAAGUGCGCAUCAGUCGUCUGCAGACUUCACAACUUUCUUGGAUGACUUUGUCUUUAAUGUAUUUUUACCGCAGAUUGGUGAUAAAAUAUUUGAAAUAUUUCGUCAAUCCACAGCUGAAUCAGAUGCUUUCCAAGAAGAUCCAAAUUACAAGACUUAUUCUGCAUUGCCAGUUAUCAAGAGCGCAUCUUCAUUGAUGAUGAUUGUAGAAAGUCUUUGUGCCAUGCUUCAUAAUAUGGCAAGCCACAAAGAAGAAUACAGUAAAAUGAUCAUCUCUCUGCUUACACAAUAUUAUGUGAAAUGUUUUGAACAAUAUCAAGCAACCGUUUCAAAGAACAAAGGAGAAGCAAAUGUAAAAGACGAUGCAAAUAACCAGGGUAUUAGUGCUACCUGGGUACAACAAGAUCAAUUGUCCGAGGUUUUAGGACAAUAUCCUUACGUUGCUGAAGAUAAUGCUAAAAAUCGACGCAAACGAAGACAACUCUGUGAUAAGGAAACCAGAAUUGAAAUGAAUUUUAAAAAGAAUCGUGAAAUUAGUUUAGGACAGUUAAUUACCGAUAAUAAGAAAUUAACAGCUUUGGCGAACCUUUAUCACAGCUUGAAAUGGUUCGUUGCCAAAAUUUGGGAACUUCGUGGCAAAGAUUCAACAGGCAACCUACAUUCGACUAAAAUGGAUGAUGGAAAUUUGGCCAAAAUAAAUCGUCGUUGGUCAUCAUAUGGUGAUGUUAAUUUUAGUUUAAAUGUCGAUGAUGAAAAGAAGAAAGAAAAUGGGGAUAGAGAAAUUAGCUUACCUUUAACGGGAGAAAUGGCAAAUCGAUUUGAUGCCCUAUUGGCUACUUUUCAACAGUUGGCUGAGCAAAAUCUGUUCACUUUAAGAAUUGAACUACGAUGCCAUACAUUACAUUAUCUUGAUAAAGCGAUGCGUGAGGGCAAUUAUCAACUCGAAUAUGAAGCAUACGAACCUGAUCCAUAUGUUUUAACACUUAAUGCGGACAUGGUAAAAUUUAACGAGAACAUCGCAUCUCAUUUACCAACGAAAGAACACAAAUUUGUAUUUGAGGGACUUGAUGCAUUAAUGGAACACUUGUUGGUAAAUAAUGCUGUCUUUAUAAGAAAUUUAAAUACAAACGGUGUUAUGAAAAUGACACGUAAUAUUCUUGCAUUACAACAAAAUUUAAAAAAUAUUGUUGAAACACCUGGUGAAAUUUCAUUGGAAAGAGCUAGAAGAUAUUAUGAAAUGUUCAACAUGGGACCUGUGAAUAUGCUGACACAAAUUAAAGAGCAAGGUGCUAUAUUUUCAUUUGAAGAAUAUAAGAUAAUGCUGGAAAUUAUGUAUAAAAUUGAUCCAACAGACAUGCAAACUACCCCCUCUACACGCCGUGAUAGUCCAUCUUCUAAUAGAAGAUUGUAUAAUGAAAAUCUUUUGGAAUUGAAUGAAUUAAUGCUUGAUUUCCUAUAA